AUGGAGACAUGUCGCUCUUGUAGUGAGAUGGCAGCCCUUCGUGGCGUUGGUGGUCUUGGUAAUUUAUUUCCUGUUUCUUGUUCAGGUACAGGUCGCUCAAGAGCAGGCGGUUUAUGCCUCCUUUGGAGCGAUGAUGUUACAGUUACGGUGGUGAACUCCUCCGUUAAUCAUAUUCUUUUCAUGUUACAACUUCCGGAUUCUAAUGUUUCAAUGCAGGUUCUUGCGGUGUAUGGUUGGCCAGAUGAGGGGAACAAAUGGCGCACCUGGCAGAUGAUUAAAAAUUUCAAACCCGAUGAUACGACGCCUUGGCUCUGCAUGGGAGAUUUUAAUGAUGUGUUGAGACCGACAGACAAGCAAGGAGGCCAACCAGUGAACCUGGCCCAUCUUCAGGUGGCCCAAGAGGCCUUGUCUGAGUGCCAGCUUAUGGAGGUGGCCUAUGCAGGAUAUCGUUUCACAUGGUCAAACAAGAGGAAGGCUCCACACAACAUACAGGAACGCCUUGACUAUGCUCUUGUUAAUGAGCGAUGGCUUGACUUAUGGCCCAUAUCUGAUGUGACUCACCUCCCCCGCCACCGUUCAGACCACAAUCUGAUCCUUCUCUUUUGUGGCACACGGAGGCGCUCCGAACCUCGCGGUAGGGUGCAUAUGUUUCGUUUUGAGGAAGUUUGGCUCCAGAGUGGAGAUGAGUGUACCAGUGUGGUGGCUAAUGCUUGGAACAGUACAGGACCAGAUUUGGUGUCUAAAUUAUCAGAGGGUCUUCAACAACGACCUCAAACGGAACAGACUUUAGCCGAGACAGCAGAGAUUGAGAAUGUUUUGGAUGUACUCCUCGAACAGGAGGAGGUGGUUUGGUGUCAGCGAUCCAGAGCCAAUUGGUUACAUUAUGGAGAUAAAAAAACUCACUUCUUUCACUCCAAAGCGUCACAACGCCGUAAGCGUAAUUCGAUUGAGGAAUUAAAAGAUGAACGUGGCCGCACCAUGGUGGAAGACAAGGAUAUUUACAGGGUACUAGCAGACUAUUUUAUGGAGCUUUUCUCGUCUAGUGCACCUACCAAUAUUCCUGCAGUGACAUCUCUUGUGGCUGGUAGGGUUACACCGCACCAUCUACAACUGCUAGCCGAGCCUUUUACAAGGGAAGAUGUCGAGGAAGCCCUAGCCCAGAUGCACCCAACCAAGGCACCAGGGCGCAAUGGUCUACCCGCUUUGUUUUACCAAAAAUUCUGGCAUAUUAUUGGGGAUGAUGUUUCUUCUUUUUGCUUGCGAGUCCUUCAUGGCGAGGUGUCACCAGCUUUGCAUGGCAUUAAGAUUGCGCGUUCUGCCCCUGUAAUCUCACACCUGUUGUUUGCAGAUGACAAUGUUAUCUUUGCUCGUGCUACGACGCAAGAAGCACUGACAAUUAAGGCUAUUCUAGCCUCGUAUGAGCAAGCUUCUGGACAAGUCAUUAACCUUGACAAGUCUAUGCUCUCCUGUAGCCGAAAUGUGCCUGAGAAUCGUUUCCAUGAGCUUAAACAGUUAUUGAAUGUAAAGGCAGUGGAGUGUUAUGACAAGUAUCUGGGACUUCCUACCAUCAUAGGUAAGUCAAAAACCCAGAUUUUCUCUUUUGUCAAGGACCGGGUUUGGAAGAAGCUAAAAGGGUGGAAGGAAAAGUCCCUCUCAAAAGCAGGUAGGGAGGUUCUUGUUAAGGCUGUGGCCCAAUCCAUUCCAUCUUAUGUUAUGUCCUGUUUUUUAUUGCCUGAUGGUAUAUGCUCAGAUAUUGAGGGGAUGAUUAGCCGCUUUUACUGGGGUGGUGACGUCACUAAGCGUGGUAUGCAUUGGUUAAGUUGGAAAUCAUUGUGCAAAUCAAAGGAUCGUGGUGGGAUAGGUUUCCGGGAUUUCAAAAAAUUUAAUAUGGCUUUGGUGGCGAAGAAUUGGUGGCGCUUACUUAAUUGUCCUGACUCUUUGCUUGGAAAAGUGUUUAAAGCGGUCUAUUAUCCGAGGGACACAAUCUUUACUGCGAAGAAGGGUUGUCGUCCGAGUUACGCAUGGUCUAGUGUUCUCCGUUCAGGACAAGCUCUACGGAAAGGUGGUAUGUGGAGGGUAGGAGACGGUAAAACUAUUCGAGCUUGGCAAGAUAAAUGGGUGCCAGGGAACUCCCCUUUGGUGUUUAGUGAGACGUUAGCACAGGAUUUGGGUAUUACAAAGGUGUCAGACUUGCUGCUACCUGGUUCUUUAGCUUGGAAUAAACAUUUAAUUGUUUUUAUGUGCUGCCCCCCCACGGCCAACUCCAUUAUGGCAGUACCUUUGCCUCUGUUUCCCCAGCAGGACAUUUUCUUUUGGCCCAUGACUCCUAAUGGUUUAUAUUCAACAAAGACAGGCUAUCAAUUCUUGCAAAUGGAGGAGGAAAGCGCUGCUGGUAUGGCUUCUUCUGUGCCAUCUUUGACUAGUGCAGCGUGGAGGAAACUUUGA